AAAGGUACAACAACUGCUCAUUUUAUUAAGUUUGUCAAUGAGCUUCUUAAUAUUAUGGAUGAGGAUAAAUCUUUAAAGGGCAGUUAUUUAGUGAUGGAUAAUGCUAGUAUCCAUAAAGAAGGUAUAAACCUUUGUUCAUGUCCCCCUUACUCUCUCUCUCUCUCUCUCUUUUUUUUUUUUUUUUUUUUUUUUUUUUUUUUUUUUGAAUCCUAUUGAAGAGUACUGGUCAAAAGUAAAGAGUAAUAUCAAAAGGAACCCACUUGAUAAAGUAGGUCCUCUGACAUUUCGUCUUCCUGCAGCUUGUCAAUCAGUUACUAUUCAGGAUUGUCAAGGUUGGGUUUAAGCAUGCUGAGAUGUUCUGGGAUAGGUGCAUUGACAAAAAAUUAGGUUUAAGGUAACUGUUAUUCCUACAUAUCAUUUCUACUUUACGUAGUUCUUCCAAAAUAAAAAAUCAUUUUGUCCUAAAAGUUUACAUCAUUUAAUCCCCCUCAAAAAAAAAA